AUGGCCAACAUCAUGAAUGUCAAAUUCCUCUUCCUUUGCUUCCAGGAGAUGUCGGGCCUCAAGAUUAACUUCGAUAAGAGCGAGGUGAUGGUGAUGGGGUACUCUCCUGCGGAGAGCCAGAGUAUUGCCAACCAGCUCAACUGUCAGCUCGGCUCCUUCCCCACGUCGUACCUGGGGAUCCCCAUUAGUGAUUCGUUGCUAUCCGUUGCGGACCUAUGGCCUUCGUUGCUUAAGCUCCACCGUCGUAUUGAACCUUGGCAGGGUCGUUGGUUGUCUAAGGCGGCGCAGACGAUUCUCAUCAACUCAUCACUCUCCAGCCUCCUCUUGUUCAUCAUGAGCUUCUAUAGUCUGCCCGAGACUCUGCAUCAUGAGAUCGACACGGUCCAGGCUCGGUUUUUUUGGGCCGGUGAUGGGGAUAAGCAGAAAUACCACAUGUUUUGGCGGCCGCUUAGCCGCCUCCAGGACCGGGAUGCCAUCAACACCAUCAUCGCUGACCUUCUGUCCUUGGGUGACGCCGGCUGGGUCGGCAUCAUCGGCAAUGUCAUCUCCUUCGGCCUCUUCCUCUCCCCUGUGCCGACGUUCUGGCGGAUCUACAAGGCCAAGGACGUGGAGGAGUUCAAGCCGGACCCCUAUCUGGCGACGCUCAUGAACUGCCUGCUCUGGUUCUUUUACGGGCUCCCCAUCGUCCACCCCAACAGCACCCUCGUCCUCACCAUCAACGGCAUCGGCCUCGUCAUCGAGGGCGCCUACAUCAUCAUCUUCAUCAUCUACGCGGCCAAGAACACAAGGUGGAAGAUGCUCGGCGUGCUCGCCAUCGAGGCAGCGUUCAUGGCUGCCGUGGUGGCCGGUGUGCUCGUUGGCGCCCACACCCAUGAGAAGCGCUCCAUGAUCGUAGGCAUCCUCUGCGUCAUCUUCGGCUCCAUCAUGUACGCCUCCCCGCUCACCAUCAUGGGUAAAGUGAUCAGGACCAAGAGUGUGGAGUACAUGCCAUUCUUCCUGUCGCUGGUGAACUUCCUCAAUGGCUUGUGCUGGACGGGCUAUGCGCUCAUCAAGUUUGACAUCUACAUCACGAUCCCCAAUGCCCUCGGUACAAUCUUCGGCCUCAUCCAGCUGAUCCUGUACUUUUACUACUACAAAUCGACCCCCAAGAAGGGCAAGAACGUUGAGCUGCCCACUGUCCUCACCAAAAACACCGUUACCAGCGGCAACGUCUCCGUCACCGUUGACAAAUAA